GUGUACCUCGGGGAGCUGCCGCAGGACUUUCUGCGCAUCACACCCACGCAGCAGCAGCAGCAGAUCCAGCUGGACGCCCAGGCGGCCCAGCAACUGCAGUAUGGCAGUGCGCUGGGCACCGUGGGCCGCCUCAAUAUCACCGUGGUGCAGGCAAAGUUGGCAAAGAAUUAUGGCAUGACCCGCAUGGACCCAUACUGCCGGCUGCGCCUGGGUUAUGCGGUGUACGAAACACCCACAGCUCACAACGGUGCCAAGAACCCACGUUGGAAUAAGGUCAUCCACUGCACUGUUCCCCCGGGUGUGGACUCAUUCUAUCUCGAGAUCUUCGAUGAGCGAGCCUUUUCCAUGGAUGACCGCAUCGCCUGGACCCACAUCACUAUCCCUGAGUCCCUGAAGCAGGGCAAGGUGGAGGACAAGUGGUACAGUCUCAGCGGGAGGCAGGGGGAUGACAAGGAAGGCAUGAUCAACCUGAUCAUGUCAUACGCGUCACUGCCAGCUGCCAUGGUGAUGCCGCCACAGCCUGUGGUCCUGAUGCCAACUGUGUACCAGCAAGGCGUUGGCUACGUGCCCAUCACAGGNNUGCCUGCUGUCUGCAGCCCUGGCAUGGUCCCCGUGGCCAUGCCCCCGCCAGGUGUGAGCGCCCCACCCCGCUGCAGCGAGGAAGAUCUGAAAGCCAUCCAGGACAUGUUCCCCAACAUGGACAGGGAAGUGAUCCGUUCCGUCCUGGAAGCCCAGAGAGGAAACAAGGACGCUGCCAUCAACUCUCUGCUGCAGAUGGGUGAAGAGUCGUAGGCGGCCUCCCCGUGCUGCGGUCACUGCCACUGGCUCUUUGGACUUGCCAACCCAGGGCUCCCCAGGGAGCACCAUCCCAAUGAGAUUCUCGGAAAGAGCACCCAUGUAGCCCCUUCCUCGAACGUCUGUGUCCCCAUCUACGCCCUGUGCUCAGGAUGCAUGUGGGUCUUUGGUUCCUGGCAGCCCUUCUUGAUCAUCAGUCCCAGAGGGGGUGGGCCCCUCCUUGCCUCGUGUUGGGAGAUGAGGGACAUGGAGCCACCUCCCUGCACGGACUCCCCUGCCUGCCUCUGAGGCCAUGUCUCCCCCUCUUCUCACACUGCUCUGGAAAAUGUGCUUGUGGUAGAACAGCAGCUGCCUCUGCCAGGCGUUAGACAUG